AUGGAUUAUCCAGAUGAUGACAUAAUCUAUAUCGAAUCAGACGACAAAGAGAAUCUUCCCAGCGAUGACGAAGAGAAUCUUCCCUUCGAUGACGAAGCGAAUCUUCUCAGCGAUGAUGAAGAUAAAGACUACGGCGGAUUCGCCGAGGAAGAGAUAAAACAAGCUCCGGAAAGUUACGUAGUUCUCAAGGAAGAAGACAUCCGUAAGCGUCAAAGAGACGAUAUUGAACGAGGUUUUACGGUUCUCUCUAUCAGCCAAGUCAAAGCAAUCGCUCUGCUUCUUCACCAUAGUUGGAGUGUUAGUAAAGUCCAAGAUGAAUGGUUUAAAGACGCGGAUAAGAUCCGUGAAACCGUUGGUAUACUCAAGGAGCCUGUCAUUGAGGUUAAUGGUGGAAAUGUCGAAUGUGGGAUUUGCUUCGAAUCAUACCCUCAGGGAGAGAUCGAAAGGGUUUCUUGUGGUCAUCCUUAUUGCAAGACUUGCUGGACUGGUUACAUCACUACCAAAAUCGAAGACGGUUCUAGAUGUUUAAGAAUUGUAUGUCCUGAGCCUUCUUGUCCUGCUGCUGUUGGUCAAGAAUUGAUCGAUAAGGUCGCUGAGAAGGAAGACAAGGACAAGUAUGAUAGAUAUUUACUCAGGUCUUAUGUCGAAGAAGGGAAGAAGUUUAAAUGGUGUCCAUCACCGCGAUGCGAAUACGCUGUUGAUUUUCAUGGAAGUAGUACUAGUAACGAUGUUUCUUGUAUGCGUUCCUUUAGGUUUUUCUAUAACUGCUGUGAAGACGCUCACACUCCCAUGGACUGUGACACAGUGGAGAAGUGGUUACUAAAGAACAGGGAUGAGUCCGAGAACACGAAUUGGAUACUUGCUAAGACAAAGCCUUGUCCUAAAUGCAAGCGUCCGAUCGAGAAGAACAAUGGAUGUAACCAUAUGUUAUGCACAGCUCCGUGUCAUUUACAUUUUUGUUGGGCUUGCCUUGAACCAUUGGCAGGUCACAAGGCUUGCAACGGGUUUAAAGCUGAAUCUCAGGAUGAAAGUGAGAGAAAAAGGGCUAAAGAUGCGAUUGACAGAUACACGCAUUAAUAUGAAAGAUGGGCAUUCAAUCAAUCGUCCAGACUCCAUGCUGCAAGUGAUCUGGAGAAAUGGGAAUCCGUGGGGAUUAAGGAGUUCAGUAUUAUAUUAGGCACACCAGAAACUCAUCUCCAAUUCACCUUAGAGGCAUGGCUUUAG